AUGCCCAUCGCCAACCCGGCUCCUACAGGCCCGACGACCCUUCCCACACCCGCACACAGCGUUACUGGCAGCAUCUCCCACCAGUCCGACACUGCGAUGGCCGACGAGUCCCCUCACAAGCGGAAACGCCCGCUCGAUGAUGAUGGCGAGCGGGAUCAGAAGAAGGUUCAAUACGACUACAAGCUCGGCAUCGAGGAUCUGCAUCUCGAUGUUGGCCCAAAGUACAUGCUGCUCCAAAGAACUUACAAGGAUGAAUUCCCACUGCUGAUGAGGGAUUUGUACGAGGAGUUUGACCUAGCAGAAUUGGCAGCGGAAGUGGCGCGGGAGAAGCCCAACGGUGAGAAGAACGCCCUUCGCAAGACUUACAAGGGACACAUCAAGCGCCUCGGCGUUGCGGGACACUUUGACGUGCAGAAGAAGAAGGAGGAUGCGCCCUCGGAUUUCAUGGCCAUGCUGCAGGUGCCCGACCUCGAAUGGAGCGUACACCAGGUCAAGGGCCGCGAGAUUGGCGACGGGUUUUCCGAGGCGACGACUGCCAGCCUGGCCCGCGCCAUGACGCUGUCCAAGGGCCCCAUUGCCCGGUCCGUCUGGGACACCUCGGUUCUCGGAGACAUGGCCCCCAGCAACAACAACGGAGAAGCUGCCAAGCCCGCGGCCCCCGCUAGAGCCACCGCGCCCAACACGCCCGCUGCAACGACGCCGUCUGCCGCAACGGACCGAUUCAAAGGGCCCCUCGCGCCCGGCACUGAUCCCGCGCGGCCUCGCAGAAACAUCAGGAAGAGGACGUACGGCGACAGCAGUUACGAGGGCUACGGCGAAGGGUUUCCCGACGACGACGGCGGUGCCGACACGGGCUACUCGACGGGUGAAGGCGAAGGUGGACAGAAACGCAGGAAAAAGGAGCAACAGAACUCGGGAGCCACGCCACCAUAUCCCCCUGUACGGCAGCACAGCUACGGUCCUGGUAUGGUAGGCGCGUAG